AUGAUGGCAUCCAUAGAUAUAUUACAAAGUCAAUCCGAUCAGGAAAAUGUUUUGACACAAAAUAAUUUAAAAUUAUGUAAAGUAACUUAUUUUGAAACAUGUUGGUGUAAAUUAAAUUCAAAUGAAUCAGUAACGUGUCCUUAUCUUUUACGUCAUGUUAUUUCAUCUUCUAAUUCAUCAUAUUUUUGUGUUUAUCAUAUAAUUCGAAAAACAAUUGAAUGUUUUGAUUCAUCAAUAAUUUAUCCAAAAGAUGAUUUUGUUUCGAAUACUUAUAUUUAUUUAACAAUUAUACUUUUUCUUAUUGGAAUUAUGGGAAAUGGUUUAUCAAUAAUUGUUUUAUUUGAUAAAACACUUCGUUAUUUAAGUGUUUAUCGGAAUUUAGCUAUUCUUUGCGCUUUCAAUAUUUUCUAUUUAUUAGCUAUAUCUAUUCGUCAUAUAAAUAAAUAUAGCCAAGAUUUACGUGAUAUUUCACCAAAUGUAUGUCGUUGGCAUAAAUUUAUUGUGACUUUUACUGGACAUCUUUGUUCAUGGCAACUUGUUUCAACAAGUAUUCAACGUGUUCAUGCAUUACUUAGUUUACAAUUACACCGAACAACUUCAUGGGUAUGUAAUCCGUUUUUUAAUCUAACACAUGUUUAUAAUAUAAAAGAAAAUACGGCAAUAUUUUAUAGUACAGUUGAUUGA